UCUAGCCAGCCUGCUCUUUGGUCCGGAGGCCGGAAGCGAUUGUGCGGCGGAAUGGAUGUGACGUCACCGAGCGCUUUCUCCUGACUAGGAAGCUGGUGCUUCACCCAGCCAUGCACCGGAGAGGGGUGGGAGCGGGGGCAAUAGCCAAGAAGAAGCUGGCCGAGGCCAAAUACAAGGAACGAGGGAAUGUUCUGGCCGAGGACCAGCUCGUGCAGAUGUCAAAACAGUUAGAGAUGUUCAAAACUAAUCUAGAAGAGUUUGCAAGUAAACACAAGCAAGAAAUCCGUAAGAAUUCUCAGUUCAGGGUCCAGUUCCAAGAUAUGUGUGCAACCAUUGGAGUGGACCCUCUGGCCUCUGGGAAAGGAUUUUGGUCCGAAAUGCUUGGCGUGGGUGACUUUUAUUAUGAGCUAGGUGUGCAAAUAGUAGAAGUCUGUCUGGCUCUAAAGCACCACAAUGGAGGUUUGAUCACAUUGGCUGAACUGCACCAGCAGGUCCUGAAAGGAAGAGGGAAGCUCGCUCAGGACGUCAGUCAAGACGAUAUUAUCAGAGCAAUCAAAAAACUCAAAGUCCUAGGUAGUGGUUUUGGCAUCAUCCCUGUAGGUGGAUCUUACCUGGUGCAGUCGGUACCUGCAGAGCUGAACAUGGAUCACACUGUGGUUCUACAGCUGGCAGAGAAAAAGGGCUACGUGACUGUUGGUGAAAUCCAAUCAAAUCUGAAUUGGGAGAAAGAAAGAGCAAAGCACGUGCUGGAACACUUGGUGAAGGAAGGCUUGGCAUGGCUGGAUUUGCAGGCACCAGGAGACCCUGAGUACUGGCUACCAGCUCUUUUCACUGAACUUUAUUCUAAACAAAUUUCCCCAGAGGAGUCCAGCGAGGGACCACCGUGACACCGGCGACUAGACAUUGAAAUCUCCACUACCUCAGACUCCUCUGUCUUACAAAACACAGCCUCUGAAGGAAGCGGAUUCUCCUUUGUGUCGGGUUACCGCUUUGCUUGGGACUGGAGCCCAUCUAUUUGACGUUUUAUCUAGCAGCCCUGUUUACAUGUGCCGUCAAGACUUUUAACUGAUAACAGAGGACAUUUUCUUAGUGGAGUUCAGUCACAGCCAAAUAGUGGCCUUUCACCUUCUAUGUAAUGAAUACUGUGCUAUAGACUGAAUCUGACAAGUGUCGGAAGUAAACCUUCUACAGGACCACUUGGGAAUUCAUUGAAUUGG